CUUACACCCCACUCAUUGACGCUACAGAUUACUUCGACUUCACUGUCUCGCUCAUAUUAAGAAGCAGCAUCUGCCAUCGAUCUGUCAUUGAGAAUCUACUACGAUACUUCUGCCUAUCCUCGAGCUUCCGCAUCCCUCUCUCUCUUCACCCUCACGAUGAAGAUCGCAGAACGCACGUACGUUAUAUCAGGCGGUGCAUCCGGCCUCGGUCUCGCAACGGCCCGCGACCUACACGCUCAUGGCGCCUAUGUCUCCCUCCUGGAUCUCAACAGCGAUUCCGGCUCUAAAAUUGUCUCUGAGCUCGGCUCGCGUGCGAAAUUCUUCGAAGUAGACGUCUCCGAUACCGAUUCGAUCGCAGAGGCAAUAAAAGGCACCGGAGCAUGGGUCAAAGAGACAGGAAAGGACAUCGGCGGGGUAGUGGCUGGUGCUGGCGUUGGACUACCGGGGCUGAUCAUUGACAAGAAGAACGAGCCUAUUCCGAUAUCGAGCAUCGACUUCGUGCUCAACAUUAACCUACGGGGAACACUGGAUCUUAUUCGCCAAGUGUUGCCGUAUAUGACGACCGCGAACCACGAGGGACCAGACGGCGAGCGAGGUGUGAUAAUCAUGAUUGCGAGCUCGGCAGCGUUCGACGGGCAGAUGGGACAAGUUGCGUAUGCGGCCAGUAAAGGUGCCGUGGCGAGCUUGACGCUGCCACUUGCGCGAGAUCUCUCCAAAUACGGCAUUCGCGCUGUUACGAUCGCACCGGCGUUGUUCGACUCGAAUAUGACAAAAAUGCUGAGCAGCAAGGUGAAGCUGAGCUUGAUGAACGCGAUGGAGUUCCCCAAGCGAGCGGGGCAGCCGGAAGAGUUUGCGAGGGUUGUGAGAGAUUCGGUGGAGAAUAGCAUGCUCAAUGGGACCGUGAUACGGUUGGACGGCGCCAUGCGGAUGCCGGCGAGAUUGUAGAGAUAUGUAGAAUAGCUAUGUUCCCUACAACAUGGAUUUGGUCAUGCUUUUUGGGAAUCGGCGCGCUCAUCGCUUCCUCUCCCGAAUCUUGAACU